UAAAAUAAAUAUAUGCCCAGACUUGUCUUUUACACAAUUUCUGUUCUAUUACAGUAACAGCCCUUUUCUGGCGUGUUGGUCUGGUUGUCGUGGAUGUUAAUGUCUUUAAUAAACAGGAAGGACAGUUCUGCAUCCACUACUUGUGUUCUGACUGCUUUUAUAAUGUUUCAACACUUCAGGUUUUCACUCACUACCAGACAGUUGACUCACUGUACAAGACCUCUCCUCUUCACUUCACUCUACUGCAGGGUGGGAGAUGCAACAAUGGCCUUGAGAACAGCAGGAAGUGUGUUGGUGGUCUUUCUCUGGUCUGUGACAGUGGUACUGGGUCAGGAUGGCUGGAGUGUGACUUACACCACUCAGAGUAUCUGUACCUUGAAGGGGUCAACAGUGGAGCUGACCUGCUCUUAUACAUAUCCCAGAGGUAAAGUCACAACAACCCUCUGGUUCACUAAAAUGGAGGCUGGUAUAGAACCUGAAGAUCUAGGUCAGGACACAGAGUAUUCAGGUCGUCUGGAGUAUCAUGGAGAUAAGAAGAAAGACUGUACCCUGAGAAUCACAGACCUGAGAGAGAGAGACUCAGCUACGUACAAGUUCAGAUUUCUAACGGAUCAGGAAGGAGGGAAAUAUUCUGGAAGUCCUGGAGUCUCUCUGUCUGUCACAGGUCUUCAGGUGAAGGUGACUGGUGGACAUCAGGAUAAGACACUGACCUGUAGCACCACCUGUACUCUGACUGACAACCCCAUCUACAUCUGGUACAAGAACGGACAACAUCUAGAUGAGAGCACCUCCCCCCAGUACAAAGACCCAGUCUCCAGUAACUAUGAAGACAGUUACUCCUGUGCCGUAAAAGGCCAUGAGGAUCUCCACUCUCCUGCAGUUUGUGUUCAGGGUCAGAGAUGCAACAGAGUGAUUUACACCAAGAGGAGAAUCUGUGUCUUGAAGGGGUCAACAGUGGACAUAUCCUGUACUUAUGGUGGUUAUUAUUACACCACAUCAUCAUUCUGGUUUAGAAGUGAUAAGUCGACCCCUGAAGACCUAACCAGAGACCCAGGGUAUGAAGGUCGUGUGGAGUACACUGGAACAUACAGAGGUCCCUUCACCCUGAGAAUCACAGAUCUGAGAGAGGACGACUCAGCUGAGUAUCGCUUCACUUUUAAAACAGACAACUUUGAAUGGGGUCAUAGUUUCCCAGGAACAACUCUGUCUGUCACAGGUCUGCAGGUGAAGGUGACUCCUGCUGCAGAGGGACAGAAGACACUGACCUGUAUCACCACCUGUACUCUGACUGACAACCCCACCUACAUCUGGUACAAGAACGGACAACAUCUAGAUGAGAGCACCUCCCCCCAGUACAAAGACUCAGUCUCCAGCAACUAUGAAGACAGUUACUCCUGUGCUGUAAAAGGCCAUGAGGAUCUCCACUCUCCUGCAGUGUGUGUUGUGGGUGAGAGCUGUAUGAAUGUGACUUACACCCAUCAGAGUAUCUGUGCUUUGAAAGGGUCAACAGUGGACAUAUCCUGCUUUUACACACAUCCCAGUUGGCAUAACGUCACAGAAGUGUCCUGGUUCAACAAAUGGGAGUCUGGUGUCACUAAAGACCUCAGCCUGAACCCAGAGUAUGCAGAUCGUGUGGAAUACCAUCGACAAACAGAGAAGGACUCCACCCUGAGAAUCACAGACCUGAGAGAGAGUGACUCAACUGAGUACAAGUUCAGAUUUACAACUGAUGAGGCAAGAUGGGGGUACAGCUUCCCUGGAACAACUCUGACUGUCACAGGUUCUCAGGUGGAGGUGACUCCUAGAUGGAGAUCAGAGUCAAAGACACUGUCCUGUAGCACCACCUGUACUCUGAGUAACCCCAACACCAUCUAUAUCUGGUACAAGAACGGACAACAUCUAGAUGAGAGCACCUCCCCCCAGUACAAAGACUCAGUCUCCAGUAACUAUAAAGACAGUUACUCCUGUGCUGUAAAAGGCCAUGAGGAUCUCCGCUCUCCUGCAGUGUGUGUUCAGGGUCAGAGAUGCAACAGAGUGACUUACACCAAGAGGAGAAUCUGUGUCUUGAAGGGGUCAACAGUGGACAUAUCCUGUACUUAUGUUGGUUAUUAUUCCACCACAUCAACAUUCUGGUUUAGAAGUGAUAAGUCGACCCCUGAAGACCUAACCACAGACCCAGGGUUUGCAGGUCGUGUGAAGUACACUGGAACAUACAGAGGUCCCUUCACCCUGAGAAUCACAGAUCUGAGAGAGGAGGACUCAGCUGAGUAUCGCUUCACUUUUAAAACAGACAACUUUGAAUGGGGUCAUAGUUUCCCAGGAACAACUCUGUCUGUCGCAGGUCUGCAGGUGAAGGUGACUCCUGCUGCAGAGGGACAGAAGACACUGACCUGUAUCACCACCUGUACUCUGACUGACAACCCCACCUACAUCUGGUACAAGAACGGACAACGUGUAGAUGAGCCCACUUCCCAACAAUACUCUAGUAAUACCCUAGUAGUGUUGGGUCAUUCUGUGGACAGUUACUCCUGUGCUGUAGAACACCAUGAGGACCUCCACUCUCCUGCAGUGUAUGCUCCAAAGAACACCUCAGUGUCAGUCAGUCCCUCUGGUGAAAUAGUGGAGGGCAGUUCAGUGACUCUGACCUGCAGCAGUGAUGCCAACCCACCUGUGGACAAAUACACCUGGUACAAGAAGAAUGGAGCUUCACUGAAGGGAUCUGAAAACACCUUCCUCAUCACCAACAUUAACUUUGAGGACAGAGGAGAAUACUACUGUGAGGCUGAGAGUAUAUAUGGGAGUCUCAACUCUUCUUCUGUGUCUGUGGACAUUCAGUAUGGCCCAAAGAACACCUCAGUUCUGACUACAGCUGUAGGAAUCAUAGUGGUUGUUCUGGUUCUCAUCCUCUGUUUCUCCGGCUUCAUGUGGUUCAGGAAGAGGGCCUCCAAUUCUCCCUCUGUCACAAGAGACACAGCAGACGAUGGACAGGGAGACUCUAGUCCAGUGUAUGACAACAUCUCAGGCAUGGCAAUGAACCCUACUGCAGCACAGACAGCUGACACAGACAACCAGGAUGAUGUUCACUACGCCAGCGUCCACUUCUCUGGCUCCAAAAACCAGGAAGUGCUUCUGUACUCCACCGUUCAGGUGCCUCAACCCCAGAAAGAGGAUGAGGAUGUCCAGUACGCUGCUCUGAAUUUCAACCUCCCCAGUGCUGCCACCCGACCUGCAGCAGCACAAGCAGCUGAGGAGGACUCCUCUGUUCUAUACAGUACAGUCAACAAACCCUGAACCAAGAAGACCUGAACACAACAAACCCAGAACCAAGAAGACCUGAACACAACAAACCCAGAACCAAGAAGACCUGACAAACCCAGAACCAAGAACUGAAAACAACAAACCCAGAACCAAGAACUGAAAACAACAAACCCAGAACCAAGAAGACCUGACAAAUCCA